AUGGCAUCGCCACCUUACGGAUGGCCAUCCUACUCCCCAACGUCCCCGUCCUACCGUCCGCCGUCGCCGUACAGGUACAGCCAUGUCAGCGCCGGCCGUCCCACGCGCCCGAUCAGCCCUACUUCUCCUCUCGGCUCCCCCUCCUCGCCGGGGUCACCUUGGUGGCCGGGGCCGGGCUACUACUCUCCCAUCUCGACGCUGGACGCACCGCUGACGCCGUCCCCUUCCUCGCCGGUUUACUCCCCCUGCUCGCCGGCCUAUAGGCGCCCCACCUCGCCGGUUUACUCCCCCUUCUCGCCGGGAGGUUGGGCCUCGCCGGUUUACUGCCCCUGCUCGACGGCAUAUUCCCCCACCUCGCUGGUUUAUUGCCCAGAAUUCAACUACUGGGAUCAUACGUCUCCGGCGCUGGGGUCGCCGGCCUACUGCCCCACCUCGCCGGUUUAUGGCCAUGGACACUGCUCAACGGCCUACUCCCCCACCUCGCCGGGUUAUUUCCCAGAAGAAUUCAACGACUGGGAGCACACAUCUCCGGCGGACGAUGUUGAGCCCCCGGCGUCGCCCGAGUACUGCUACUGUUGUUCGACACCGCUGGAAGAUUGCUGCUGCCAGGCUUGUGACGACGCCCCCGCGCGGUGA